AUGGCGUCUGGCAACAGUAUCAGUAGUAGCAGCAGCGGUGGGGGUGGUGGAGUGCGUGAACUCGGCACUGUUACGGCUGGCAUGGCGAUGAUGAACUUUGAUGAAAAGACAAAGCCGUACACCCGUGCGGACUUUGUACGGUUUCUUCAGAACUACGAGGAGAACUUAAGUCCAACGGAGAUGCGGCUUAUUGAAAGGGGAAUGUUGGGCACUUUUGUGGGAAUGCCAUUAUUUUUUUAUCUUGGCUACAAAAUCAGUUCGCGGUUUGCGUGGCACCGUGUGGUUCGCGCCAUAGCUCCCAUUGAUGGUAAAGAUAGAGUGGGAAAACCAUCGUGGAUUGUGCGCAACACGCCAACGAUCGGCAAGACUCUCUUUGGUCUCUCUGCCGCUACCAUUCCGUACAUGGUGGUGCAGCAGUGGUUCAUCUCCCGCGUGCUGGAGUUGGACGAACACACGAGCAGUUUGUCCUUCCACGUUCGGCGGCUUAUGAUUACGCAGCGCAGCGGUAUGAUGUUUAAGCGGACUGCCACUCGUGAAGUAACGCGCGAAGAGCAGGAGCGGUUACUCACGCAAUCUGCAGAACUCAUGGAGGAAAAUCGCUCUGGCCGACGCGGCGGUGCGGGUAUGGCGACAGAUGUAAAUCUUCGACUGGGGCAGCAGGUGCUUACCCCAGUGGCACAGACUGGGUACAAACCAAUCCCAGGACAGUGA